AUGGGUAUGACAAAUGCUAAUAAGGCUGCGGGCAAGUUGGACGACUGCGAGAGUGAUGUUGAGCUGUUUUUUUCCUUGUUGCAAAGCAAUCAAAGCUCAACUCAAGAAACACAACCACCGCAGCAGCAGCCUCCUCCUACAUCUCAAAAAAACGAUUUGAAGUCGGCAGCGUUGGUCCAACACGCGGCUAGACUUGAACUCGAGUCGAUUACACUCAAGGAGACUCUAGAUGUCGCCAUUGAAGAAUUUCGCAAGGCACCCGUUGCGGAAAUCGGGAAGAUUGCAAGCUCGACUGAAAAGCUCCAAAAGGAAGUGGCUGCCAUUACAGCGGAGCAUGAGAGGAGCCAAGCACUGCUCCCUUUGAUUUUGGACGAGUGGAGGAAGUUCAAAGAUGACGUCUCAGCAAAACUCGUAGAAGAAUGCUCAAACACGCUUUUGCAACCGCUUUUGCAGCUGCUGACAGCAUUGAAGGAAAAUGUCAGCUUGUUGACAAAGAACGGCGAGGAAGGGCAGCAGAUUUACGAAAAAGGAUUGGAACUUCACAGGAAUAUUUUUGAAAACCAACAAGGCUUGGAGAAAACUGUGGGCGGUAUAAGGAAGACUGUGGGCGGUAUAAGCAAGACUGUGGGCGGUCUAGAGAAAACUGUGGGUGUUAUGGAGAAAAGUGUGGGCGGUCUAGAGAAAAGUGUUGGUGAUAUAAAGAGAUUCUUGCAGCUAGUGAUACCACGGCUCAUUAGCAUCGAGAACGCGGUAGCUCAACAGAAUGUGGAAGCUGAACCAGAACGAGGAUUGAAGAAACGUAAACUAGUUUGA